GGCGCGCGGCCGCCCCAGCUUAUGCUCAAGACAGCGCUUCCAGGUUCAGUUUCAGGGUCUCGCCGGCAGCUCCAGCCGGCGGGCGCGGAGCGGGCAGUGGGGCCCGGACCGCAGGCUCCUCUGGGGGCCCCGGAGUUGGGAAGCGGCGUCCGGGAGCCCCCGGAGGAGGAUGGGCUGUAGACACAGCAGGCUGAGCAGCUGCAAACCCCCGAAAAAGAAGCGCCAAGAACCAGAACCAGAACAGCCACCCAGACCAGAGCCCCAGGAAUUAGGUCCCCUCAAUGAGGACACAGCUAUAACUGUCCAGCUCUGUGCAUCAGAGGAGGCUGAGCGGCACCAGAAGGAUAUAACCAGAAUUCUCCAGCAACAUGAGGAGGAAAAGAAGAAAUGGGCACAACAGGUGGAGAAGGAAAGGGAGCUAGAGCUUCGGGACAGACUGGAUGAGCAGCAAAGGGUCCUGGAAGGAAAGAAUGAAGAGGCCCUGCAAGUCCUCCGGGCCUCAUAUGAACAGGAGAAAGAAGCGCUUACCCAGUCUUUCCAGGAGGCCAGUGCUAUCCAGCAGGAGAACAUAGACAGACUGACCUCACAGCUGGAGGCUUUCCAGGCCAAAAUGAAGAGGGUGGAGGAGUCCAUUCUGAGCCGAAACUAUAAGAAACAUAUCCAGGAUUAUGGAAGCCCCAGCCAGUUCUGGGAGCAGGAGCUGGAGAGCUUACACUUUGUCAUCGAGAUGAAGAAUGAACGUAUUCAUGAGCUGGACAAGCGGCUGAUCCUCAUGGAAACAGUGAAAGAGAAAAAUCUGAUAUUGGAGGAAAAAAUCACGAGCCUGCAACAGGAGAAUGAGGACCUCCAUGUCCGAAGCCACAACCACGUGGUCCUGUCAAGGCAGCUCUCAGAAGACCUGCUUCUCACGCGUGAGGCCCUGGAGAAGGAGGUGCAGCUGCGGCGACAGCUCCAGCAGGAGAAGGAGGAGCUGUUGUACCGGGUCCUUGGGGCCAAUGCCUCGCCUGCCUUCCCCCUGGCCCCUGUCACUCCCACUGAGGUCUCCUUCCUCGCCACAUAGGGUGCAGGGCCUGGGCCCAUCACAACGCCUGAAGUCACAGCUCCUUCCAGGGUUUUUCUGGAGAAGACAGCAGGAGCCUCUCAGUUCUUUUCCAGGAAGGAACGAGGGUGGGAGCGAGAUGGGGAGCCUGGGUGUGUGCCCAGUGAGCCCUGGGGCCUUGGGUUACAUGGAAUCACUCACAGGGUUUUGGAGACCCCGAGAAGCGUCUUCCCUUGAGUUGGCCGAGGGAAUAAGCAAGAGGAGACAUUUCCUCCCUCCCCCAGAACUCUGUCCCAAUCCGAGAAGUUCCGAGGCUUUCCCAGGGGCAGCCUGUGUCAUGUUGGCCGUUUGACAUAAAGGAGACAGCCCCUGGUCUCAGCUUGUCAGCUCUGCUGCCAACUCGCUGACUUGUCAACUUCCUCUAGGUGUUCCCACUCCACCCUGGCCUGCUCAGAGCCUCAGUUUACCCCUGCAUUAAAAUGGUGGUGGGACUGUUAAAAGGACUCUUAUGUCACUGCAGUGUCCCAUUCUAGGAUUGUCUGAAGGCCAGAGUAGGGGUUGGGGGCAGUGUGGACAAACCCUGCAAAUCAGAGUGAGGAAGGUGAGUGACGGGGAGGGGGUCUCUGAAGGCCCUUGGGGCUGACAGGGCCAGGCAGCCUCCCCAGCUGAGCACCAUUCCUGGGCCAGAGUCAGGUCCACCAAGGGACAGUAGCCAGAGCUCCUCUUCCUUUACCAGGCAAGGCGCAUCCCCUCAGCCUUCCUGGCCCUUCAGUCUUGGUGCCACCUGGGCACAGGGGCAAGCUUGGUGGUUCUGAGUCCAUUCAUCUGUCAGAGCUGGAACCUCAUCCCUGCACAGAUGAGGAAACUGAGGCAUGGAGCAGUUCCCAAGAGUCAAAUCUAGAUCUCAUCUGUCAUCCAGGUCUUAUCCUUUGCUCUGUUUUUCUCUUCAGGCUCUGGAAAAGCAGAUCUGUGACUUAAUCUCCCUGACUUAAUCUUCCUCUCCCUGGCCCUCACCCACUUAGUUUCUUUUUCACUCCUGCUCCCUGCCUUAACUCCUCCUCCCACUGCCCGUGAUCCCAGGCCCAGGCUUUUACAACCUGGUGCUCAGCUUCCCCGUCAGUGACAAGGGGUGGCUAGAGUAACUAACCUCAGCAGGCCGUCCAGUCCUGAUAGUCUGUGGAUUUCAGAUCCUUCUCAGGAAGCUUCAUGUCUACUGGAGACUAUAAUUAUAACUCCUGUUCUGCUUACAGCAUUUGCAUCAAAGGCUUUCCAUACCCCUCCCUCGCCUGGUCCUCAUAAGAUCCUUGAAGCAGGUUCCUAUUCCUCAUUGGCAACACGGCAAACAGAUCACAGGAGUCAAAGGGCCUUGCUCAAGGUCCCCAGCUUCAGCCCCAGGCCCUAAGCCAGCAUCAGAACAGUCAAUCUGCAUUUUUCAUCAGUCAUUCUAUAGUGACAUCAUCCCAGACUGCCUUCUGUAUUCCCCUGUGUACAGUCUCCUUCUGUUUCUAGGUUUAGAAGUUCAGAGGUGACUGUGUUUCUUCAUUUCCACGGCCAAAUGGGGGAAGAGGUGAGGCUAGGGGAGUGGUGUGCUGAUUCUCCAGCCAUGGUCAGACAGGUCAUCCGGGAGCCUCGAGGAAAGCCCUGGAGGGAAUCACACGUGGACUUUUUCAUGAAGCUUUUUGCAAAGCACAGCUGCGAUACACUAGUUUGUUGAACUAAUGUCCAGGAGUAGACAUGAUUGGUGGCCAGGUUAUUUGGGGACACCUAAACAGAUCAGCAACCUGAAUGACUUCUCAGAACCUUUAAUAUGCCAAUGUGUGUGGCAAACUUACAAGAAGGGAGCUAAGUAUCCAGCCUCUCUCAAACCUUUUUGAGCAAAGCUUCUGUCCCUCCCACACCUCUCACCUCACAGGCACAUCAGGCUGCAGAAUGCGCUUUAGAAAGCAUUGUUUUAGUCCGGGCGCGGUGGCUCACACCUGUAAUCCCAGCACUUUGGGAGGCCGAGGCGGGUGGAUCACAAGGUCGGGAGAUUGAGACCAUCCUGGCUAACACGGUGAAACCCUGUCUCUACUAAAAAAAUACAAAAAAUUAGCUUGGUAUGGUGGUGGGCGCCUGUAGUCCCAGCAACUCUGGGGGCUGAGGCUGGAGAAUGGUAUGAACCCGGGAGGCGGAGCUUGCAGUGAGCCAAGAUCCCACCACUGCACUCCAGCCGGGGUGACAGAGUGAGACUCCGUCUCAAAAAAAAAAAAAGAAAAAAGAAAGCAUUGUUUUAAUUGAGAGGGGCAGGGCUGGAGAAGGAGCAAGUUGUGGGGAGCGAGGCUUCCCUCAUGCAGCCUGUGGUGGUUGUGGGAAGGAGAUCAACUUCUCCUCACUCUGGGACAGACAAUAUAUGGAAACUCUAAAAAGAACAUGCGGCACCUUA